AUGGAACGGGCCCCGAAGAGACCGCGUCUUGCCCAAGAUGUCGAAGGUUUCGAGACGGCAUCAAAGCCAGAUAUUCCCCUAUCUCUGGGCCGGGCAAUCAGCCCUCCCAGCAGGAGAAAUCGGCGGAUAAGAUCACCUUUCCAACUCACGCGCAUCCGAGACUUGCCUGAAGCUGCGAACCGUGACACCGUUGCGCUCAAGGACAUUCUCGGGGACCCUCUGAUUGCCGAAUGCUGGGAAUUCAACUUCCUGCACGACAUACAUUUCCUCAUGAGUCACUUUGACGCGGACGCCAGAGACCUCGUCAAGGUCCACGUUGUUCAUGGGUUCUGGAAGAGAGAGGACCCAAACCGGUUGGCUCUCCAGGAAGAAGCAGAUGCAUACCCAAAUGUAGAGCUCCAUAGCGCGUUCAUGCCCGAAAUGUUCGGCACCCAUCAUUCGAAAAUGAUGAUCCUGAUCCGCCACGACGACUCGGCCCAGGUGGUCAUACACACCGCCAACAUGAUAGCCAAGGAUUGGACGAACAUGACCAACGCUGUCUGGCGAUCACCCAUGCUUCCACUCCUUCCAAACAAUUAUGUUGAAGAUGCUCCAACAAACGACCAUCCUUUCGGAACAGGAGAACGUUUCAAACAUGAUCUUCUUGGCUACUUGAGAGCCUACAACGCCCGCAGACCGACUCUCAAAUCUUUGGUCGAUCAGAUUUGCCACUAUGACUUUUCAAGUGUGCGGGCUAAACUGAUCGCUAGCGUCCCUGGGCGUCAUCCCAUCCACGACACUUCACAGACAGCUUGGGGCUGGCCGGCGCUUAAGAGGGCUUUACGUAGCGUCCCUGUACAAGAAGGAAAGUCCGAAGUCGUGGUUCAGGUAUCAUCCAUCGCCACUCUGGGAUCUUCAGAUAGCUGGACCCAGAAAUGUCUUUUCGACUCUCUUGCAGUUUCCAAGAACAACUCGUCAAGCAACCCCAGACCGAAAUUCAAAGUGGUUUUCCCCACCGCGGAUGAAAUUCGACGAAGCCUAGACGGUUACGCCUCUGGUGGCUCAAUACACACAAAGAUCCAGUCUCAGCAACAGGCAAAGCAAUUACAGUACCUGCGGUCCAUGUUCUGCCAUUGGGCGAACGACGCCCCUGACGGAGAGCCUUUACCUGAGACGGCAACAAUCCGAGAGGCUGGCCGACAACGAGCAGCACCACACAUCAAGACCUACAUUCGCUACGGCGAGAAGUCGAUAGACUGGGCCCUCGUCACAUCGGCCAAUAUUUCCAAGCAAGCAUGGGGAGAGGCAGCGAGACCGUCUCAAGAGGUCAGGAUCGCAUCUUGGGAGAUCGGAGUAUUGGUGUGGCCUUCCAUAAUAGCAGAAAAGGCGACCAUGAUCGGAGCCUUCGAGUCAGACAUGCCUCAGAAGGACGCAGGAGACGGAGAUCCAGUGGUGGGAAUAAGAAUCCCCUACAGUAUUCCGCUUCAGUCAUAUGGCAAAGACGAGAUACCGUGGGUGGCGAGUAUGGUCCAUACGGAGCCAGACAGUAUGGGAAGAUUUUGGGGCGUCGAAUAG